AUGGGAGAUAUAAGGAUGAUCACUGGGGGCAGCACUUCUAGUUCCUCUAAGGAGGCAUAUAAGGCAUACCUACAGAUGAUUCAGAACAUUCAAUUAAUAAGGUACGCCCCGAAGAUGGCACGGGUUGACAAUCCCAUCAUUGGGUUCACAGAGGAAGAUGCCCGACGUCUCCACCAACCACACGAUGAUGCACUUGUAGUCAAUAUAUGGGUAGGAGACUACAAUAUCUACAGGGUACUGGUAGACAACAGAAGCUCCGCAAAUAUUUUGUACUAUCCAGCCUUUCAGCAAAUGAGAGUAGAAAAGGAACGAUUGAUCCCAGUAAGCACCUCGCUGGUAGGUUUUGGAGGAACAAGGGUGUACCCGUUAGGUGUAGUCACCCUACCGGCUGUAACAUCAACCUACCAUCUGAUGAUCAGGUUCCCCACUGAGUAUGGGGUAGGAGAAGUAAGAGGCGAUCAGGUAGCAGUGCGUGAAUACUACAUUGCGAUGCUGGAAAUGGAUGACCACCAGCAAACCAUGUGCAUAGAGGAACAACGAGCAGCAGAGCCUGUAGAAGAACUAGAGGAAGUAACCCUUGACGACUCAAGACCUGAGUGGACGACUAGAGUGGGAACGUUGGCUAGACAGUCGGUUCGUAACGAGCUCAUGACGUUUCUAAGGGAGAAUCAGGACGUAUUCACCCAGAGUCACAAAGACAUGCCAGGGAUUGAUGCAGAUUUCAUUCGAGAAAUAUACUACCCGGACUGGUUGGCGAACGUGGUUAUGGUCAAAAAGGCCAAUGGAAAGUGGAGGAUGUCCGUAGACUUCACGGACUUCAAUAUAGCCUGCCCUAAAGACAGUUACCCGCUUCCACGAAUAGAUACCUUGGUAGACUCGACCGCAAGACAUUAG